CUCCAGUUUACCGGAAGUGACGCCGGGCCGUGAGUGGUGAGAGCAGACAUGGCUUCUGGAGGAGCCGGUGACGGCAAAUGGAAAGUGGUGGGCAAGAACAAGAAGAACGGGGACCGGAGAAGGGCGCUGGGGGAGAACAACCUGCUGCCGGCCGCCAGCACGGCGGGGGUCCUCAUAAAGCCCACCGUCUAUGAGCAGGGCUUCGAGAAGAUCCUGAAGAAGCAGAACAAGGAGCAGGUUCCUCCGCGCAGCGCCGCGGAGCCCCAGAACCAGAAGAAGCCGCAGCAGCCGAGUACCAGCAAGAGCUCCAAGAAGACGUCUUCUGGGGGGGGCGCCCCGUCUUCUCCCAGGAAGCAUGCCACACUGGAGGAGGCUGUGCGGGCGCUGGACCUGGCCGAGUUUCAGAGGACGAUGGAGACGAGUCAGACCAUGUUCCCGGGGAACCCCCAGAUCUGGGUGAAGGACCUGGCCGGCUACCUGAACGACAAGCUGCAGACCCCCAAGAACGAGCCGGUGCCGAGCCACCAGUCUCACGAUUACCCCUACUGCCUGGCGAACAAGGAGCUGCGCGGCAUCAUCCGCUCUGUGCUGGUGAAGGCGCCAGAGCUGCAGGAGAUGUUUGUGGACCACUGCAUGUUCUCCAUGCUGCAGGAGCUGGAUAAACCCACAGCUGUGUCCGUCCACGGCUACCGGAUCUGUAUCCAGGCGGUUCUGCUGGACAAGCCCAAAAUCGUCACCGCAAAUCUAAAGAAGUACCUGGACAUGCUGCGGGCUCAGCAGAACAAGCCGGCGUGGUGCCUCGCCAUGAUGUGGGCUGUGGGACAGGCAGGGUACGCUGACUUAACAGAGGGUCUGAAAGUGUGGCUCGGCCUCAUGCUCCCGGUCCUGGGGAUCAAGUCGCUCUCGCCCUUCGCCAUAUCCUACCUAGACCGUCUCCUGCUGAUGCACUCUAAUCUGACCAAAGGAUUCGGUAUGAUUGGAGCCAAGGAAUUCUUCCCGCUCCUGGACUUCGCCUUUAUGCCGAACAACUCGCUGUCUGCCAGCCAGCAGGAGCAUCUUCGAGACUUGUUUCCCAGGCUGAAGGUUCUGGCGUUUGGAGCGACCCCCGAGAGCACCCUGCACACUUACUUCCCUUCCUUCCUGUCCAGAGCCACCCCGAACUGCCCCCCCGUCAUGAAGAAAGAGCUUCUCCACAGUCUCUACCAAUGUCUGAACCUGGACCCACUCAGCUUCAGCGUCUGGAGGCAGCUCUACACCAAGCACCUGACACAGUCCAGUUUGCUCCUGCAGGAUCUGGUCAAAUCCUGGGGCACAACUUCUAAACUGAUGAGGAAGUCGGUGAGGGAGACGGCACAGUCAUUCCGUGUGACCAAUGAAGAAUUCUCUAAAAAAUCACCAAAUUCAAGGGAGAUUGCGCAGUGUGAGUCUGCGUGUAAGGCUGUCCUGAAGAAGAUGAAGAGGCAAGGAUUUCCCUGGUUCCGGAUUUUCCUGGUCGCCCUCAUGUUCACAUCCGGCUUUGUGAUCCAUGACGUUCGGACACACGGCUCUUUUGAAGCCUCCUCCACGGCCGGCGUGCUGCAGCACACGGGGCUCAUGACCCUCGCCCAGCAGACGUGGACCACCGGCUCCUACGCUCUUCAGCAUUGUCACAGCUGGUUAGAACGCAAUGUGCCGGUAUAUUACUCUCGGGCAGUGGAGGUGCUGGGACCAGUUCUGGAGCUGUUAUGGGAGAAGAGUCGGGAUGGAUUUCUACUGGUCUCACAGAAAUGUUCCACACAGCUGACGUACCUGAGUGACAAUCUGCCGUGGUUUAUUGAGUGGCUCCAGUCCCGGAUCCCUGACUCCGUCUUCCAGCUGCUCGAGUACCUGAGAGAACUUCUUGUCCUUCUCUACCACAAUUACGUCCUGCCCGCGGUGCAGUAUUGUGAGGCCACCCUCCAGAGGACGUGGCAGCAGUAUGUGGACUCUUGCAGCGGGAAGGUGACGUGGGACUGCACGAGGGCGCACCUGACCAACGUCACCCAAUCCUCCUGGAGGUUCCUGCAGAACACGACAUUGGCCAUUAAGGACUGGGCGGUCGCCAUGAUCUCCACUCACUAGAGCGGGACCUACAAAGACUUUAUCAUCGGCUUCCCUCCCCUCCCCCCCGUCUGAGUCUGUGGGUGGUAUCUCACCUGCUAUGGGGACCAGGAUAAUGACUGGUGCGGAUAUUUUAGGAUCGGACACAUGCCUCCCCCCAUCCCUGAGUUGUGUGAUUGAGUUUCAGGGUCAGUUCAGGAGCCGGCCGCUGGAGUGACUGGUGGGAAUAUGUAUGUAACGUGCAGAGGUCUUCCUCUAGAAGUCUUAUGAGAUGGUGACGACUGUGGAGCUUUUUCUUUAUUUUGUGGUGACUGACAUUUGGGGAAGGUUUUUGUCCUUUUCCUGUGAACUUCCACCUUGUCCCUUCGCUCAGAUUAGUCACAUUUGUCCCACUGUGGAUACGACUGAACCUCGGUUUUGGCCUUUUUUUUUUCAUUUUUGUCAUUAAAUAUGUGUCAGGUCUUGUGCGCCUCCAGCGCUGCGAUGUCUUCACAGCUCGUCUUAUAUCAUCCAGUGCAUUUUAAUAAACUUGGCAAUGAGCCAGAAGACGCUGAAGAACCUGGUUUGCAGAUAUUGGUGCCUCGCAUGUUCUCUUUGGACUGACCUGGAUUCCUGCAUUGUAUAAAAUGUGCUCUGAUUGUUAUCCAAGUCCCAGUCCUAGACAAACCCAAUGUAACUACACUAAUAACACACAGCUGUACCGCUCAUGUCUUUUAUGGAUUCAUUCAGUAACUGAACUCUGGAAUUUUAUGUCUUGUUCAUCCCAAUUGCAGUAGUCACCAUCUCCAAAAGCAUCCUGCACAGCAAUGAGGAGCACUUUUGGACCAUUCCGCCCUCCAUAUGUGUAGAGUCCUUGUGUGCAUAGUCGUCUUGGUAUCAUGUCACUAUAUCUCCAUGGGGUUCAGGUCAGGAUUCUGACUCGGUCAUUCCAAAAUACAAAUACUCUUCUUUCUCU